UGAAGCUGGAAGGAGUUGAUGCUCUCGUAUGAAUUAAAUUAGAUUGCUCAAAGUCUUUUUAGCGCAGAAAUCUGUAUGGGACAAGGAGAAAAUAUUUUAUUAGUUUUAAACACGCGAUUUGAAAUCAAAAUGGCUGUCUUAAGAAACAACAUUUGGAAAGUAAUAUUUGUUAUGACUGUUCUGUCUGUCAGCAAUGCAUCAACUGCAUCAACUGAAACUGCAACAACAGAAACAGAUGGCGAAAGUCUUCGAAAUUUAGGAGUUAUCAACAACAAGUUGGCCUUUGACCUUAUGCAUCAACUGACGGCUGGAAAUAAAAGCGAAAAUAUAUUUAUAUCCCCUCUGAGUAUAUCUAUGGCACUUGGCCUAUUAUACUAUGGAGCUGGAGGAAACACAGCAAAGGAAAUGGAAAAAGUCCUUGGAUAUCAGGAUGCAGGAAUGACCAAAAAAAGUAUUCAUCGCGCUUUCCAGAGUUUUUUGACACAUGGAUUAAAAGAAUCUGCUAACUUUACUCUCAAUGCAGCAAAUGCAGUUUUAGUCGAUAAUAAACUGGAAUUAGUGUCAAGUUUCAAGGAAAAAGCACAAAAAGCCUAUUUUGCUAAUGUAACGAGUGUUGAUUUUUCGUCGAAUGCACCCGAGAUUAAGAAUGACAUCAACAAUUGGGUGAACAAGCAAACAAAUGGAAAAAUUCCCCAACUCCUUGAUAACUUAGACUCUGAGACAGUUUUUAUGAUUUUAAAUGCAGUAUAUUUUAAAGGCCACUGGAAACUUCCGUUUCGUCCAGAUAUGACUAAAGAGAGAGAAUUUUUGAACAAUGGUGAAAAGUCUGAGGCCAAAUUGGUUCCCAUGAUGCAUACGUACAAUCGUGCUGGAUUAGCAUCGCUUAGCGGCUGCGAAAUUUUAGAACUUCCUUAUAUUCAGGAUAAUAUCGUCAUGCUAAUAAUGUUGCCAGAACAUGGAUUAAAAUCUUUUGAAGAGAAGUUAACACAUACAUACAUUGAUGAAAUUUUGAGACGGAUGUCUUACGAUUCUUAUACUUAUAUCAUUCCAAAAUUCAAAAUCGAUUUCUACAGAAAUUUAAUUCCCCAAUUGAAGAGACUAGGCCUAAAAACCACUUUCGAUGACGGUGAUUUUUCUGGAAUGAUAGCAAACGUAACUAUUCCAACCAGCGAAUUUCUUCAUAAAGCUGUGAUUGAAGUUAAUGAAGAAGGCACCAAAGCAGCAGCUGCGAUUUCCCUCCGUCUUAAGAAAUCGGAAAUGACUUACUUCGUUGCCGAUCGUCCUUUCUUUUUCGUCAUAUUAGACAGAAGAACAAAAUUCAUCCUGUUCAUGGGCCGUGUGACUCAAAUGUAAUAAUAAGUUUGAAAUUUUGAUAAAAUAAUUUUGAAAAAAAAAAAUGUUGUUCUUCUUAUAAUGUUUUGAGAAUAUUUUUUCUAUGCACAAGACAUUUAUAAUGUUACGAAUAUUCCUCUGAAAAAACUCGAUAAUGAGCAAUUACACUUAAUUCUUAUGCACUGACUGGCAGCAAAAUGCUCAUUAAAUAGCAGCGCGACACAAAGCUCUGAACGUAAAGCAACUGGAGAGCUAAUUCCAAGAAGAAGAUUCUAAAGAGAGAGUUCAUUAGAUUGAAUGGAUUUCAUUUUAUGUCGAAUUUUUAUAGUCUUUAAAGCAAAAUUUACAAAUCAUUGGAAUCUCAAAGCUUGGUUCCUGAUAGAGAUAUCGCCAAAUUUCUUGUUUAUUCGAGAACAUUUAUUCUUUAUUCUAUGUUUGUUGCCUAAGUCAGGAGUCGUUGAUCUGCCAUCUAUCGAAUGUCCAUUAAAAUAUCUGUAAAACUCUUUUAUUUAGUUUGAGACUAAUUGCAUGGCAACCAACAAAAGAGAUUCGUAACUAAUUGUUAGCAGAGAACUGAUGUAUCAAAUGCGAUUAAAAAUAUUGACUAAGAUAAAAAAAAAAUAUUGAGAUUAAAUAAUUUUUAAAGACUCUCUUUUGAUGCUGUAUAAAACAGAAAAAAAUGCAUUUGAUUAAAAAUAUGAAGGUGGAAAACAAUUUAUAAGAGUAUCUGUUUUGAUCACAUUUACGCGCAUUUUUAUUUUCUAUACACCGACGACGAUCAGCAGUUUUGUCAGAAAUUU